AUGUUGUUCGCUACAACGAUUAGUGUUGACGACGCUGGUUUCCGAUACUGGCGUGGCUGUACUCGAGGAGACUACCUGAAGGUGUACUGGGAGGUCCAAGGUCCAGGGCCUCCUGGAGCUAUCAACGAGCGGUCAGCCUGGGCUAGGGAGCUCUGUGGAAGCAGAGCUGAUGCCCCACCAGCCCUCUACUCUCCAGGACCUUCGCUUAUUUUAGAGUUCCAUACUGGAGCAAAGCAGAACAACGCUACGGGUUUUGUUGGAACCUACAGUUUUAUUGAUAGACGUUAA